AUGAAUGCCAUGGACAACACCAGUUGCUUCCUUUUUUCCAUCUCAUUGCUAGUAAGUUUUUUCAUCGUUUGCUUGUCUACCUCCAUCACAAACUUGACCACUGAUCAAUUUGCUCUUCUUGCAGUCAGAGACCCUAUCACUCGCAACCCUGAAGAUGUAUUGGCUAGUAAUUGGUCCACCACUAGCUUAGUUUGCAAUUGGGUUGGUGUCUCAUGUGGUCUUAGGCACCACAGAGUCACAGCCUUGAAUCUCUCUCGUAUGGGUCUCCAAGGCACCAUCGCUCCACAUCUUGGAAAUCUCGCAUUCCUCGUGUCACUCGACAUCAGUCACAACAAUUUCUAUGGCUAUGUACCUCAAGAGUUGGCUCGUUUGCAUCAAAGGAAAUCCGUGUGCAAUACAACUACUUCAGUGGAGAGGGAGCUCCAAAUUUUAUCAUUGUCAUUGAAUGGCUUUAAUGGCGGCAUACCUAGAGAAAUUGGCAGCCUACAUAUGCUCAAGGAGUUAUAUCUUGGUAGAAACAACUUGAAAGGUGUUAUUCCAUCAGAGAUAGGUAAUCUUCAAAGUUUGGAAGUAAUGAACUUAAUCGAUAGCUCUCUAACAGGGUUCAUCCCAUCUUCAAUCUUCAAUAUUUCUUCUCUGAAAAUAAUUAAUUUCUCAAACAAUAGCCUGUCUGGAAGUUUUCCUGUACAUAUGUGCAACCAUCUCCCUAAACUUGGUGGACUUUAUCUUUCUCGGAAUCAACUUAACAUGCAAAUUCCAUCUAAUUUAUACAAAAGCAGGGAGCUCCAAAGUUUAUCAUUGUCAAUCAAUAGCUUUAAUGGCUGUAAACCUAGAGAAAUUGGCAACUUGACUAUCCUCAAUGAAUUAUAUCUUGAUGAAAACAACUUGGAAGGUACUUUACCAGAUGAGAUUGGUAACCUUAGUCUUGAGAUGUCUUUGGAAAUAGCUUAA